AUGACCUUUCUAUUGUCUGGAGAAGCCAUUGCAGCAGCAGGGAGGUUCAAAGAGAUCAACAAGACCCAUCUGGGUACAGACAAUCCUGACACCACGUAUCCCAUUGCCAAGCCGACGUGGCAGGCCCCCAUCGACUCGACGUGUGACAGUGUCCGCACCCCUUCUUUCUGUGGCACUUGUUUAGCUGUCGGCGGCAUCGUUGUGCGCGUUUUGGUCACCUGGCGUGUCAUUCGUACCGUGCACUGCACGAGUACUAGCUACGAGACUCUACUCCCGUUAUUCACAACAGUCUACGCCACCAGGCUGCUGAAGCUGAUUCAAUUGGGCAAAGCCGUCAGCGAGAGAAGCGGCGGUUGGAGAGCCAAACUGGCCUGCGCCCAAUAUAUCAUAUUCGCGCUGAUCUGGGCACACGCUUCACAGGUCACCAUCAGGUUGACCUCGUCUUCAGCAGGGGCUAUAUGCCCAACUGGAUCCCUUUGCUGGGAGCCUCACACGCCCCUCGCCCAGUGCGUCACCGUGCUCAUUGAUGCCAUGCUCAUUACUCGGGUGGCUGAGAGCAGACGAGACAUCUCCAACGCAUGGCUCCUCACUGCGCGCACUUUGUUAACCUCGGCCGGGGUGCUCAGCUUCCUGGCCAUGUUCUCGUUCUAUCGUCCUCGAAACAUCCGAUGGGCGUUGAUGCUUGACUAUGUGGCUGUGCGCGACCUUCUCGUCAAUGGUUCGAUUACUUAUGUCACUCUUCUUACCGGCAUCUGUCUGCUCUCAUAUAUGCACCCGAGCACACUUGCACUCGCCAUGACUGCUGUCGUCGUUUACACGCAUCAUCUGGCUCGUACAUUGGCGAGCAGACCACCGAUCAACCAGUCUCUGAUGACUUUCGCAGUCAUCAACGCUGUCCUCACCCCGGGCAUACUCCUGAGGCUCCAUCCUCGGGCCGCUGCCGACACGGGACUGCCUGCCAGCAAUGUCCGCCUAGUUCGCUUCCUCGCUAGGUCCUACGUUGUCCUCGCGGGUAUCCUCUUUGGGGCCUCCCUCGUGUGGUCUUCAGACAUAGUGCUGGGCGGCGCCAUCCCCAUACAGGAUCUCAUUAGUGCAGGCAAUGCCUGCUCCAACCACUGGGUGCCGCCGCCGCCCAACCUUGACAAGUGGUACGAAUAUGCGACGAUGCAAGGCUCGGUUGUCAUUGAUGACUUUGGCCAGAUCAGCAUCGAUUUAAAGCCUUUUUGGGGGCGUUCGCCGGCUGACCUUCGCCAGCAUACGAGGCACAUGCUGUACACGCUCAGCAUGGCAGGUAUCAAGAUCCGAAAUGGCACGGUUAACAUUAUGCCGGGCGUGCCCGGCUCCCAUCCCUUUGAGACCGAAUUCAGUCUCAGUACAAAAACUAUAUAG